ACCCCGCUUGGGACUAGAGAGUGGCGCCCUCUACGUUCGCGCACAAUGUUGCCAUUUAAUUAUACCAUUCAGGGUCUAAUAAAACGGAUUUUAGUGUAAAUGCCAUGCGGGUGACUUAUUUGGUGUUUGCCGCGCGAUGCUUGUUACAGCUUGUGUGAUUUAGUUAUUAGUUCCUGGAUAAGAUAAGUAAGGUAUGUAUUUUACUCGUUUAUAGAUUUUAUUAUUAUAGUUAUUAUUAUUAACGCAAUAAUGUGAAAACAAAUGUGAGGUUAUAUUAUGUUGCGAUUUUGAGUUUAGGGUCUAAAAUUCUGUAUUUUUUAUACAUUUUCGGGGUUCAAACCGGUGGAUAUCAAUCAGAUUUCGACUAAAACGCAAUUAAAACAGAUUCAUGUUUAAUUUAAAUUUAAACACUUUCUCUAAUUGGAAUGGACUAUUAAUAUGCUAUAAAAACGGUUAUUUUCCAUUCCCAUUUGUUUUUUUAAAGGUUUAGAGAUAUUUUCAAAUAGAAUUUCAUACUUAGCUACGUGUAUAGUAAGUAAGUAUAGUAAGUCUUUAUCCACCUAUAUUUUCGUGUAAAUAUUUUAUUUUUAGCUUCAUUAAAAUGGAGACGCGCUCUAGAAGAAUUUUAAACCUAUUAAAUAUACCUACUUAUGAAACCACAAAGGGCUUGGAAGAUGAUUUAAAAGAAAAAGGCAUACGGCUAAUGAACGAACAAAAUUUUUUUGAGGAAAAAACUUUGUCCACCCACAUGUCCACCCACAGUGACUUAUCAGAAGAUAAAACAAGCGGAAGUGAAUAUUUACCAUCAGAAGAUGAUUCUGUUAAAUCAUGUAAUCAAUCUAACAAAACAGAUUUUAAGAAUGUCACUAUACGCAUCAAGUCCAAAACUCGUAAAACUGUUAAGCGUAACAGAGUAAACAAAAAGAUAGUCCUCCAGAAAAAUAAUAAUACCGCAGACUUCGAUCAAAAUGCAAUACCAGAUUCCACAACAUCGCCAGGUGCAAAUGAUAUAGCUUUGUCCCCUCCAUCUAGUUUUGAUAAUUAUUCUAACGAGGUUGGUAGUCAGCAAACGUCUUCAACUUCUCAUGUAAGAAAACGAGCAUCUGCUAUUGGUGCUCAUGCACCUAGAAUUAUUGCAGCGACUAAGGAAAAUGGAAAACUGGUUCGCAAUAAAGCGUACGCUUGCUAUUUUUGUCAACGAAUAGUCCAAAACGCGGCCAGACAUUUUGAACUAUUACAUAACAAAGAAACCGAUGUUGCUAAAAUACUGGCGAAACCAAAACAUUCAAAAGAGAGAAAAGAUGGAUUUAGAAACCUUAUUAGAGUGGGCAAUUUUUACCACAAUACCGAAGUACUGGCUACGAACAGGGGCCAUUUAAUAUUAGUUCGACGUCCAACUGAAAAUGAAUUAAAAUUUUUGACCCCAGCAGACUAUGGACCUUGCCCGUAUUGUUUGGGGUUCAUGUUAAAAAAACACUUAUGGCAUCACGUAAAAAACAGUUGUACUGCUAAAUCUCAAAAGGACGAUCAGGAUAAUGGUCGACAUAUUAUUGCUGAGAGUCACGCCUUAUUGAACGACGCAUUCGGUAGAGAGUUCUCAACAGACUAUGUUACAAACAUAGUGUGCAAAUUACGAAAUGAUGACAUAGGAACAUAUUGCAAUGAAGAUGUAUUAAUUCAAAGGUUUGGUUCUAUGUUGUUUGAAAAAUAUGGGACUACACAAUGUGAACUAAUAAGGCAAUCUAUGAGACAACUUGCACGCUUAACUUUAAAGUUAGGUGAAAUUGACAAUUCAAAAAGGCAAUUGACCGAUUUUCUUGUACCUCAAAUGUUUGACCUAAUAAUUCAAGCAACAAAAUCUCUAUGUGUAACACAUCAAAAUGUCGCACUAAGACCUGAAUUUGAGUUACCGUCACUAGCAUUGAAAAUUGGUUAUGCAUUGAAAAAAUGUGCUGCAAUAAAACGUGGUAGUUGCUUACGAGGUGGAAACUUAUCUGGUAAUGAAACAUUGUUAUGCUUUUUAAGUCUAAUGGACUUGGAAUGGAAUACCAGAGUCUCAUCAAGUGCGCUUGCUACUAUGUAUAAUAGAAAAAUGAAUGCUGCUGAAUUGUUGCCAUUAACAAGUGAUUUGAUCAAACUUAGUAGUUAUUUAAAUGAGGAAAUGACCAAAGAACAAAUUUUUCUAUCAAAUUGUGCAACAAUUAAGACGUGGAGUCGACUGGCUUCCCUAACUCUUAGUAAAAUAAUUCUUUUUAAUAAAAGAAGAUCAGGGGAAUCCGCACGAAUGACAAUUGUUGCCUAUUCUUCAAGACCUAAUUGGUCCAGUCAGUCUACAGAGAAGCUAAAAAAAUCUCUUACCGACUUUGAGAGAAAAUUAGCCGACAAGCUUACAUUAGUAGAAAUUGUCGGUAAGCGGGGGAGAAAAGUACCUGUGCUUCUGACUGAGGAUGUAAAAUCUUCAGUGGAUAAACUUAUACACAUCAGAGGUGAUGUGAAUAUUUCAGUAAAAAAUCCUUUUAUUUUUGCACGAACGGGUGAAUCUUUUCUAAGCUUGAGAGGUCAUGACUGCCUUAGAAAAGCCUGCAUUGAUGCUGGUUUGGCAAGUCCAGAUAAUAUAACAAGCACCAAACUGCGCAAAUAUACAGCUACAGUAUGUCAAGUAUUCAAUUUAUCGGAGACUGAUUAUGAUUGGAUUGCACGACAUCUUGGACAUGAUAUCAGGGUGCACCGUGAAUUUUACAGGCUACAUGAAAGUGCAAUUGAGUUAACCAAAGUUAGCCGCAUAUUGUUAGCAGUUGAAAAAGGGCAAGUAAAUAAAUUCGCUGGAAAGUCAUUGGAUGAAAUUAAUUUAGACGAUAUUCCAACUGAAACGUUACAAAGCGAUGAAGAAGAUGAAGACGCAAUACCAACCCAGGCAAGCAUAGAAGAAAAUGAGGACCUGAAUCAAAGCGGUACGAUUAAGAAAGCAAAGAUCGUUUCAGAGUUUGUUAAAUCGCCUGUCGUCCAGGUUGCACAGAAAGAGGCAGUAGCUAAGUCAAAAAGCAGUGCCCGACGCCCUUGGUCUUCCGACGAAAAGCAGUUCGUUUUAAAAUUCUUCAUAAGUUCAAUCAAACGAGGCACUGUUCCUGGAAAAUCGGAUUGUACGAAAUGUAUAGAAGAAAGUAAUGGCAUAUUGGCUCUCAGGUCCUGGACUGACGUAAAAUUUUGUGUCAAAAAUCACUUGGAUAAAUUGAAAAAACAAAAGUCAAAGAUGUUCUAA